AGGAGUAUGAUUGCAUAUUUCCUACCCCAAAUCCUCAAAAGUAGAAGUUAUAUAAUGGGGUUGGGGUGGGGUAAUGAAAUAUUAUUAUUUAUCUUUCUCUUCCCUUCCUCAUACAAUAUUAUUAAUUUUAUCCAUAAAUCACGUGCACUUUAUUAAUACGUAAAGUUGCAGAUAAUGUUUGCUAUUAAGGGUCAAUUGAAACCUAUCUGUUAAACUAAGAAGCGUAAGGUUGCGUAAAUUUGACCUACCCUAAUUUAUAUAGUGACAUUGAGGAAGGUCUUUUUUCUGAUGUAAUAGAGUUUACCAACAAGGUGAUUUAGACUAUCUACCGGCUUCAACUCGUUGUGGGGACAUAUAUCCAAGCAAUUUAAGGAUAAAAAGUUUAGUGAGUAGACAUCAUUGUAGUUUUUGUUGAUUAAAAGAAAAAGAUGGAGUGGGACUCAAGAACAUGUUCUUGGAAUGGAAUAAGUAAGUUAGAGGUUGAAGAUAACAGUUAUAAUCAUCACCUGGCUGCUACACUAGCAUGUUCUAGUGGUUCAGGACUUACAAAUAUGUUUUCUGUGGAUCUCAACUUGGGAAGGUUGGAAGACAUGCCUGAAUUGUCCAUGGAAACCUUUAACAAUUCUGUUCCUACAAACAUGGGUCCUACUCCUCCUCCAACUUCCCCUGUGAUGGCACUGUCAAAGAGGGGAAGGCCACGCAACAACGGAGCUCAGACUACUGUUUUUUGUGCAGUCGAUGGGUGCACGUCUGACCUUAAUCGUUGCAGGGACUACCAUCGUCGCCAUAGGGUCUGCGAGAGACAUUCUAAGACCCCUGUUGUUCUUGUUGCUGGUAAGGAGCAACGCUUUUGUCAACAAUGUAGCAGGUUUCAUUCAUUGGAAGAGUUUGAUGAGGUGAAGAGAAGCUGCAGAAAACGGUUGGAUGGACAUAAUCGACGUAGGAGGAAAAGGCAACCUGAGGCCUUUUACAUGCCUGAUUCUACUGGUGGCUUUUUGUCCUCUCAUACAGGAGAUGGAAUGAUGCAGUUUUGCUGCCCACAAGUGCAUACUACUAAUUGGCCUACCAUUUCUCAGCCUGAUUUAUACUAUCGAAAUAACCAAGAAACAAUUUAUCAUCCACUUGAAAAUGAGAUUGCACCAACCCAAAGUAGGAGAGGCUGCCUCAAGACUUCACCUGAAAACGAGUCAGGAUGUGCUCUCUCUCUUCUGUCAAUGUGCCCAUCUCAAUCGUCGGCGAUCUCUGUGGGACCCAUAAUCAGUUCAUCACCACCUCAAGGUAGCAACAGUACAUCCCUUAAUCUAAACAGUUUGGUUCAACUUUCAUUUUCUCAAGGUUCAGCUGCACUGUCUAGUAGCAAUAAUACCAAUAAUCCAGGCUUCGGAGGAUUCCAUUCUAGCCAAGAUGGGUUUCGUGCCAAAGGGUCUUCCAAGUUUUUCCCAUUUGGUUGGGAUUAGUCAACUAUUUCUUUUAGACAACUAUGAAUUAAAGAAUGCCUUUUCAUGAAUCAAAUCUAGGUUUUAACAAUAAGAGAAAACAAGGGUUUUUCUUUUUUUUUUUUUUUUUGAUUUAUUUUUUGUAGAGCUUGUCAGAUGAUUGUUCUUUGCAGUGCUUUUUGUGCUUACAAAGGUUGGACAAGGUUUCAUUGCUAGUUAACUUUAAUUAAUGAAAUUACUUGUGUCUUUUUUCUUGACGUUUUCAACUUUAUCCAUCAUUGUAUCUACAGCAACAACAAUGUCAAAUCUGGUAUUACGAACUGAAUUAGCCACGAUUGUAAUUUUGGACAUAUUAAUAGAAUUAGAAAUUUGAGCAGAAUUCUUGCAUAAAACAGAAUGUUUUCGAAAGUUAAAUAUUUAUUGAAGAUAAAAAUAGCUCCGAAUUUAUAGGACACAAUUUGUAAUUUCCAAAAGCAUGAAUAAAACUCCCCUCCCUUGAGCUUAUAUACUACUCAAAAUUUAUAUAUUUGCUAAGUGUUGAAACAAAAAU